AUGUCGACUACGUCUACGCCCGCCGAAGCGUUGACAUCCAAAUCUAGUAAGAGGAUGGAAUUGGAGACGCUUAUACGAGAAUUUCAGACUAAACUUGGAUCUGACUGGGAUAAAUAUCACGAAUCGUUGAGUUUGUUUUUGGUUGGAAAACUAUCACGUCCCGAAUUAAUACAGAAUAUCACGCCAAUCCUUAAAAAUGGAUUAAGAAAGUAUCAUAAUAAGUUGUUGCUUUUAAAUUUUUCAAAUUCGUUGAAGGAUGGGCCGUUAGACGUUCAAAGUGAAUUUGCAUCCUUCUGGAAUAAGAAAGCAAAUAAAACUAAAAACAUUAGAUCAAGUCAAUAUGAAAAAUUCAAGCAAAACAUUAUGGGUUUACCGGUUAAGGAGAGAAGAAGAAUUAAGAAUAUCACUAGAGAAAGCGGUAAAAAGGGUAAAUUAAACGCAUCAAUAACGUUAACGAGACAUGCCCUACUACCAAAGAUCCCAAUGAUUCAGGAUACAGCACAACAACAAUUACAGGUUAAUAAUUUAGUGCAGUGGCAGCAGGAUGUAGUAAAUGGCAUCAAUACCCCGAUUGCGUCCGAAAACUAUGAAAUUCCUGAUUAUGAUAAUUUAUCAAGGCGUAUACUAAUGACAAUGAGAGAGUAUGGAUUGACUGGAGGAUUAAGUACCGAAGUCCUUGAAAUGGUUUUACUUGGGCUAGAUGCCCACUUAAAGGAUAUUAUUGAAAGUGCUAUUGAUGUUGCGAGGUAUAGAGAGAAUAAGUAUACAACUAAUGAUUUUAUAUCCACGACUUUAAAUUCUAUGCAACCUUCUAAUGCUAAUGAAAAUUUUAAGAAAAGAAAGACUGAUCAUGAGCUGGAAAAUGAAAAGAAACGUAAGGUAACAUUGAAUAUUAAUGACUUAUUCGAUACAUUUGAAAUGUUCCCACAUUUAAUUGAGCCAUCUGGUCCAAAAUUAAGACUAUCCAAUAUAAUGCUACAGAAUGAUGAUAUGGUAUCUACGGAUUAUGAUUAUGAAUUACCGCCUAGGUUAGAGCCAGUCAAUGAGCCAAUUGCAAACGGGAUACUAAAAAAGGAAACGCCGGUAAACAAAUCUAAUGGAUCCAUACAUAUUGAAUCGAAAGAAAAUGAAAAUAACUCAGAUACGAAACCUCUGCAUGCCAUUAAACCUGAUACAAAUAUGGAUAAGGCCGACGGAUCUGCUGCACUACAAAAAGAGGGAUCUCAACAACCGAAAGAAGUGACAAACAAUCAACAACCGACAGCGCAAACGUCAUCUCAGAAGCCACCAAUACCUGAUGUACAUGUUGGAACGACUGAUGAAUUGAAAUGGAUGUUACAUGACCUCAUUUCUACGAUGUAA